AUGAGCAAAUACGGCACAGCGAUUCUCCUCUUAAUAAUCUUCGCUUGCUGCAAAGGAGAAAAACAACUGAGAGGCUGGCUGCCAGAGUUUUGUGUUUUCGGCGAACAAAAGUGUCCCAACUCGCGCGUUUCCUUCUGGCUUUAUACCAAUCAUACACGCGACAAUCCCGUACAAAUCGAUCCCUUGAACCCGCAAAAGGAACUAUUUGAGCCUCGUUUGCCACUGAAGGUACUCAUUCAUGGAUUCAUAGGAAACAGGAAUUUGACACCCAACCUUGAAGUUCGAGAUGUGCUCCUCCAAACUCAGCCUGUAAAUGUGAUAUCGGUGGAUUACGAAACUUUAGUGCGGUGGCCUUGCUAUUACCCUUGGGCAGUGAAUAAUGCUCCAAUUGUCUCGGAGUGCCUAGCCCAAAUGAUAAAUAAUCUAAUCUCAGCUGGCGUCAGCAGACGUGAGGAUAUACACCUGAUAGGAUUCAGUUUGGGUGCACAAGUGGCUGGAAUGGUAGCAAAUUAUGUCAGUCAACCUCUAGCCAGGAUUACAGGAUUAGAUCCAGCAGGUCCCGGCUUUAUGAUGCAGCCUUCGCUUCAGCAAAAACUGGAUGCCAGUGAUGCGGAUUUUGUAGACAUUAUACAUACUGAUCCAUUUUUCUUUUCAAUGCUACCGCCAAUGGGUCACGCUGAUUUCUAUCCCAAUCUCGAUCAGCUUAACCAGCGAGGAUGCAGUUAUAUAAGCAACUGGAGAUUUUACAAUUGCAAUCAUUAUAGGGCAGCCAUCUACUAUGGAGAGUCUAUAGUCUCGGGAAGGGGUUUCUGGGCUCAGCAAUGCGGAGGAUGGUUCGACUUCUUCUCGCAGCGUUGCAGCAAUUACUCCAAUAUGCCCAACACCCAGAUGGGUUACUUUGUCUCUAAAAAUGCCUCGGGUUCGUACUUCCUCACCACCCACGAGGUUUCUCCAUUUGCCAAGGGACCUCCUAUCGAAGUUGAGUUCGAUGUGUCGGAACUUCGUAGGUUGACGGAACUAGCCUUAAGCUAA